GCUUCUGAGUUCUGCCUCUUUCUUCGCCCUUCGUAUUAUUUUCAUUCAUUGAAGAAGUUAUCGUUAACCCUAGAAAAGUACAGAGAAGAACUGAAGCAACUAGGAGCUAUAUACAAACCUAUACACAGGAGAGAGAGAGAUAGAGAUGGUCUUCGGUCAGGUGGUGAUUGGCCCGCCGGGAUCCGGCAAGACCACUUACUGCAACGGCAUGUCUCAGUUCCUUAAUCUCAUCGGACGGAAGGUAGCUGUUAUCAAUUUGGAUCCUGCGAACGAUGCUUUACCGUAUGAGUGCGCUGUGAAUAUUGAGGAUCUCAUAAAACUAAGUGAUGUAAUGAUUGAGCAUUCUCUCGGUCCCAAUGGAGGUCUUGUUUAUUGCAUGGAUUAUCUGGAGAAGAACAUUGACUGGUUGCAGUCCAAAUUGGAGCCCCUGCUUAAAGAUCACUAUCUUCUCUUUGAUUUUCCUGGCCAAGUGGAACUAUUUUUCCUUCAUGCAAAUGCCAAGAGUGUUAUCAUGAAACUCAUAAAGAAGUUGAACCUUAGGUUGACUGCAGUGCACUUAGUUGAUGCCCAUCUUUGUAGUGACCCUGGGAAGUAUGUGAGUGCAUUGCUUCUCUCAUUAUCAACCAUGCUACACCUGGAACUUCCUCACGUUAAUGUUUUGUCCAAGAUCGAUCUGAUUGAAAAUUAUGGAAAUUUAGCUUUUAACCUUGAUUUCUACACAGAUGUGCAAGAUUUAACAUAUUUACACCAUCAUCUUGAUCAGGAUCCUCGUUCUGCUAAGUACAGGAAACUUACGAAGGAGCUGUGCGAGGUGAUAGAAGACUAUGGUCUUGUUAAUUUUACAACUUUAGAUAUUCAGGAUAAAGAGAGUGUCGGAAAUCUUGUCAAGCUGAUUGAUAAGAGCAAUGGAUACAUCUUUGCCGGCAUAGAUGGAAAUGCCGUUGAAUUCAGCAAAAUUGCAGUUGGUCCCGUUGAUUGGGAUUAUUACAGAUAUCCUUUUUCCUCCGUGUGUUUUGAUAUAUUUUUGUGGAUUGCCGUUUACCAGCCUGCAGAAUGGUCAUUCUAGGGCAUUCUCUUUUAUGUUUGUGUAAUUUUGUCAUUUCUAAAGAAAUACCUGUUCUGCUCCAAGGUCAAUGAAUUGUGGCAAUGUUAUAAGUUGAUGCUUACUAUUGUCUUCACAUUGUUAGAAGAUGGUGGACACAAUUUUCUUAAUAAAUGACAGUUUUACGCUCGGUAGUAACUUAAAAACUUCUACCAAUUGUUUGUUGUGAAAUUUAGUUGGGUGAGAAAUAGACGCACUUGAAAUCAGCAGUGGUACAUGGCUUUUGUUAAAAGAAGGGGAGUAUGAACUGUAGUUUGGUUUAUCUAUUCCUAUUUUAUGUGCAAUAUUCUGUAUAUAUACAAACAAUAUUGUACAUGGCAAUAAUAUGCGUAUCAUAUGAUAUACUUGGCUUGGUCCUUGAGGCCGUGCCUCAUGAGCUUUCUUGAUGCAUACUCGUAGAUAAAAAGCUGAUCACAUCCUAUCUGCUCUUUCUGUUUAACUAAUUUGGGACAGUUAUUCAAUUGAUUUACUUAACAUAGCUGUCCACAGUUGCAGCAGUGCAAGAGAAGU